AUGGCUACCUUCGACCGUUCCAAGCCCCACUUGAACAUCGGUACCAUUGGACACGUCGACCACGGUAAGACCACUCUUACCGCUGCCAUCACAAAGACCCUCGCUGCUAAGGGUCAGGCUGCUUUCCUCGACUACAACCAGAUCGACAAGGCUCCUGAGGAGAAGGCUCGUGGUAUCACCAUUUCCACUGCUCACGUCGAGUAUCAGACCGACAAGCGUCACUAUGCCCACGUCGACUGUCCCGGUCACGCCGAUUACAUUAAGAACAUGAUUACUGGUGCCGCCCAAAUGGACGGUGCUAUCAUUGUCGUCUCUGCUACCGAUGGUCAAAUGCCCCAGACUCGUGAACACUUGCUUCUCGCCAAGCAGGUCGGUAUCCAGCACCUCGUCGUCUUCAUCAACAAAGUCGAUGCUGUCGAUGACAAGGACAUGUUCGAGCUCGUCGAGAUGGAAAUGCGUGAUCUUUUGACUUCUUACGGUUUUGAUGGUGAGGGUACUCCCAUUAUCUUCGGUUCCGCCUUGGCUGCCCUCGAGGGUCGUGACCCCGAGAUUGGUGAGCAGGCUAUCGCUAAGCUUAUGGACGCCAUUGACGAGCACAUCCCCGAGCCCCCCCGUGAUCUCGACAAGCCCUUCCUCAUGCCCGUUGAGGAUAUCUUCUCCAUCUCUGGACGUGGUACCGUCACCACUGGCCGUGUCGAGCGUGGUACUUUGAAGAAGGGUGCUGAAGUCGAGAUCGUCGGUUACGGACCCACCAUCAAGACCACUAUCACCGGUAUCGAGGCCUUCAAGAAGGAUCUCGACCAGGCCCAGGGUGGUGACAACUGUGGUCUCCUCCUCCGUGGUAUCAAGCGUGACCAGCUCAAGCGUGGUAUGGUCAUCGCCGCCCCCGGUACCGUCAAGACCCACAAGAGGUUCCGUGCUCAGUUCUAUAUCCUCAACAAGGACGAGGGUGGUCGCCGCACCGGUUUCGUCAACUACUACCGUCCCCAGAUGUUCUGCCGUACCGCUGAUGUCACUAUCAUCUUGACCCACCUUCCUGGUGUCGAGGAGGCUGACUCCAAGAUGGUCAUGCCUGGAGACAACUUGGAGAUGGAAUGUGAGCUUGUUCACUCUAUCGUUGUUGAGGAGGGUAUGCGUUUCACUAUUCGUGAGGGUGGUAGGACCGUCGGUACUGGUCUUGUUACCAAGAUCGUCGAGUAA